AUGUACGAUGCCAAUGGAAAUUGUUAUAGCAUUAUUACAAGUUUGUUGAACAAGCUAAUGGGCUCUGUACGGUAUGCAAUUUGGAAAGGAGAUUUGAACAAACGAGCUGACAAAGGACAAACGAUAGUAUACAACAAUGGACUCUUCCGAAGGUCUACUUCCUACUUCCUAACACUGUCACCUUCAGCAGGGCCUAUGCACUUUCUUCAUGUACCUUGGAGAAGAAAAACAUAG